UUUAAUUUCCAUUCUAGUACUGUACUCGUUUUGGGACGGAGGUUUAUGGGCUUGUUAUUCAGGACAAUACGACAAAGCGUUCAUCCUUAAUUUUCGUUUAAUUGAUGCUUUCCGUAACCCAAAUUAAAUAAUUUUUCAUAAACUUGCGGCUUUCGCUGGCGGUUUCAGCCGAAUACUUUGUUAGUGGUUGUUUGAAAUGAUAUAAUUGUAACGUGAAUGAAGAAAAAAUGAAUUCGAAUAAUAUUGAAGCGGAAUAUAUGGACAUUGCAAAUAGAGAUGCCUGGCCUAUCAUCUAUCAUAAAAUUGGUCGGCAAUGUCAAGCAUAUCCAUACACUUGUAUUGAAGCCAAGAAACCUCAAAACAAGGCGCUAAACAGAUAUCGGGAUGUAAACCCAUAUGAUCAUAGCAGAAUUGUUUUAAAGAGAUGUGAACAAGAUUACAUAAAUGCAAAUCUAGUGAGGAUGGAUCGUGCAAACAGAAAAUAUAUCCUAACGCAGGGACCCCUGGCGUUCACAGUCGGCCAUUUCUGGUUAAUGGUGUGGGAGCAAAACAGUCGCGCGAUUCUGAUGCUUAACAAAAUUAUCGAAAAAAACGAAAUUAAAUGUCACUGGUACUGGCCUCACGAGGUUGGGGCUGAACAGAAAUUUGUUCUCUCCGACGUCAAAUUGAACGUCGAGCAAAUAAGCGAAGAGGACUGCAAGUAUUACAUCACAAGAGUAUUCAGGAUCACAGAUAUCGAGAGCUCUGAGAGUCGUGAGGUCAUUCAGUUUCAUUACACGACCUGGCCGGAUUUCGGUGUGCCGACGUCCCCGGUGGCUUUCCUGGAAUUUCUGAGGCGCGUGCGUGAUUCGGGAGCGUUGGCGCCCGACGUGGGACCGCCCAUUGUACAUUGCAGCGCAGGCAUCGGGCGUUCUGGAACAUUCUGUCUUGUUGAUUCCUGUCUUGUUAUUAUUGAGAAAGAAGGCUUGGAGAGUGUUAAUGUUCAAGAAAUCUUAUUAGAAAUGCGCAAAGAUCGUAUGGGUUUGAUACAAACACCAGGGCAGCUCCGCUUUUCUUACCAGGCCAUCAUAGAAGGUGCAAAACGAUUCAGUCCCGACUUCAAAGAGGAUCAGAAUAAUAUGGAGGAGAGUAUAUAUUCGUCGGUCGCUGAGGAAGAAGCUCCCCCUCCACCGCCUCGGGCUGAGAGUCUUACAAGAGCGCCAGUCCGACCUCUGCCAGCCAUACCUACUAGUGCAUCGCUAGGCAACCUCAACUACACGUGCUCAGCGGAGAGCUCCAGUUCUGACGAGGGCGCCCCCACUCCUCCUGCCCGAGACCACUCCCCUUGCCCCUCCCAAUCUCCCUCCCCCUCUCCCUCUCCUACUCGCUCUCACACGUCGCCGGCAUCCUCCGCCGACGACGAAGACGACGAGCCCCCGCCAGCACCUAUUGUUGAAAGUUGCAGCGAGGUCGUGGAGACGGUGAGGCGACGUCGCACUCGCGAGCUGGCGGAGCGCGUCUCCGGUAUGAAGAAACGUGCGAGACACCACGAACGAUGGACGACACUCAAGAGGUCCCUGUACACACCACUCACCAUCACCUUCGGAUUCAUACUAGCCGGCAUACUUAUAUACACAUACGUCAAACAUUAACAAUACCAUUUAUAUAUUAAAUGUAUUUAUUAUAAUUAUUAUCGAACGGUUCGGCGUCACUCGAAUCAAUGUAAAUUAGUUAAUAACCCUUAAAGGACUAACUAUAGACGGUUUGAAUUAUAAUUUGUAUUUAAUCUUGUUUACUUUUUAAAUAACCGAGUAAAUGAUGAUAACCCACCUUAUGUAAUGUCAAUUAAUGAUAUACACCAUGGCAUAUCCGACUGGACUAUGAUCCCAUCUCGAUCAUUCAUAUAUGCAUACGUUCCAUAUGCAUUUGCAUAAUAAAUUAAUUGUGAUUCAAGUAUUUGUAAAUUUAGAUAUUUUUUUUUAAUUAAUUGAUUGGUAAAAAUAUUUUUUUUACAAUUGCAAAUAUUCUAAAUAUACUUCUAAGUGAUUAUUAUAACGUUAAUUUAUUUUAUAAAAUCCAUUUCGGACAAUUUUGUCCAAUGUUUAAUUAGAUGAAUAAAUUUAUUUUAUGAUUUUAUUUUAUUUUCUUUUGUGCGACAGCGACAGUGUAACAGUAUGGGUUAUACUUAUUUAAAGUAUCGAACAUUUUUUAAUCAUAUGAGCUUAUUUUCGUAUGGUGUACAAAAUAGAUAAUAGUGAUUUUGUAGUUGAAUUUACCUUAUUGAUAAUCACCGAAGAUGCAUCGAGAGAAAAAAACUUUAAUGCCACUAGAUUAUAAAUGAUAAUUGUUCUUAUGACAUGACCAUAUUAUGUGAUGGGGAUUCCAAUAUACAAUGUUCAAUGGAAUCAGGAUGUAAGCUAGGAUUGUGACUGUUUUAUUAUAGGGCAGCUAAUAAUAUUAAAAAUAUCAAUGUGAAUAAUGUUGUCCAAAGAAAAAUAUCACGGAACUUAUAAUUUUUUUACAAGCUAUUUCCACUCCAAUCAUCAGACUGAAUCUUCUAAAAUUAUAAGUUCUUAGGACGAGUCUUUGCUGUUACUAUGAAUUUUUCAUUUAUAACUGUAAUGUAAGGGAAAACGUUUGAGCGUAAAUUUUUUUACGGAUGUACUAGGGAAUGUAUUGAUAUAGUCAAUUAUAAUUCGUGCUGUGACUAUAAAAUGUACUCCGGAGAAAACUACGUCUUUGACGGCCCGUGCCUCUGUUUUUUGUAAAGGAACAACGAUUUACUAUUAUUCGUUAUAAUAACGAUUAAAGACUUUCAAUUUAUUGAUAAAAGUUUUCGCAGCAUUUAUUAAAACAUGUAUUUUAUUCUGUGAUAAAACAUCGUAAAAACAGACGGUAUCAUAUCUAGUGUAAUGGAAGUUUUUGUAAUGAAAAUGACUAUAUUGUUCUCCCACUCCACUCUUUAUGAACAUUGCACUGUCAUAGAAUAGUUAUUUGUUGAUUAUUGAUACCAUCUAAAGGCCUUUGACGUGCAUAUAGCUAUGAAUAUGCUUGCAACUGUUAACACCAAUUAAUAUAAAAUUACAAUAGCUUAGGACGUUAUUAUAAGUAACAGUAAGGAGGAUGUAGUGAAGUAGAUAUUCACGUUAGUUUAACAGCGUGCACUAAAUUUAGAGGGGUUAGUAAAUUUGAACAGCGGUUUAUUAAUUUCAGGUUAAAAUCGGAGAAUUCCCCUCCAACCGAACCACGCGAAGACUGAAGAGCUUAGGUAACAUUUUUCGAAAAGCUUAUUUUUAAUGUUGAGAAAAGAUAAACAUAUCUUAAUAAUUUGAAUGUCUGUUUACUCUAAAAAAAUUGGUAUUGAAUGAAAAGCGUAACAUGGUGGUUGAUCUUGAAGUACUUUUUAAGAUUACGAGAACUAUAAUUACUUACAAAUAGUACAUAGAUUUCCGUCCCAGAACAUUUUAUUUUGAGAACAUAAAAAUCCGAAUGCACUUCAUAGCGUUAAGUAUUAAAGAAAAUAACUAUACAGUUCGCAACACAAUACCCACAAUACGUAUGUAAGGCUAAUGGUAAAUAAUAGAUAAAAAAAAAAUCUCACAAUAUUGUAUCAACAACAGCGACAAUACAUCACAUAAUCAACCAAAUAAUUCUUGUCAUUUAAGAAGUUUUCGAAACACAAAUAUGUUUAUUGUUGAUCAGGUUUGACAAACCAUCGGUAGCAAAAGAAAAGUAAUCUCUUAUGCCGUCAAACUAACGCGUUAAAUUUAUGUGACAAAAACAAUAAUACGUGGCUAUUAUUUAUAUCAAUGAAUUUUUAUAUUGAAAUUUGUGUAAAUCACUAAGUUAAUUAAGUUAAUGUUUCAUGUCAUUAUUAUUUACGUAUUUACUAUCACAAUAAAACUUGUCACUUGAAAACUAAGUAGCUUAAUUACAAUGAUAUAUAUGUAAGUUACAAUAUUUAUGUAUACUAGCUAUACUAUACUUUUAUAUAAAUACCUUAAAUAAUUUACUUAAUUUGUUGCUGUAUAUCCAUCUUACAUUUUCACAGUACUACCAAAGUACCAUCAUCAAAAACUAUAGCAAGUAAUAAAAUUGUUAAGAAACCAUCUCGUCUUUAACAAAACGAAUAAGAAAUGUUUUCUUUUGCAAAACUGGACUUGAUGCAUUUACGCUUAGUAUGUCAGAUUCUUUAAACAAAACAUGCCAUUUUAACAUGGAUUUCGUCACUUGAUCUGUCAUGAAAUAUAAAGUUUAACUCCUUACCUUCAACUGUAACCCUAAUACUAUAAUCAUAAAACCUAUGAUAAUUAACAAGAAGAGGAAUUAUAAUAAUAUUAUAUCACUAUUUCUUCCUGUAUAUGUCAAACGUGUAAAUUAUUAUAAACAGAAGGUAUUCUUUAAUUUGAGAAGUCAUAGUUGUAAAGGAUUAUAUAAAAUGUUAUAUCAACUUAUGAAUUAUUGUCUAUCAGAUUUUUACAACAUACAUACACAUAGUAGUUGGAUAUCAUUUCACCUUAAUAAUUUAUAACUAGUUAAUAAUAAAAACAUUCAGAUGUAUUAAUGUUCCAAUUUAACAUUGAUUCAUGUCUUGUUUGGAUUUUAUCUUUUCUGUUUUAUUCGAUAAAUCCUAAUUUUUGUUUAAUGUAUUUUUUACAGAACAUGUAUAACGCCUUAAAAUCCUAAUGAAGAUAUCAUUAUAGGUCGAACAUAGAGUACUAAAUAUUUUUUGAGGUGCGUUGUCUUGUCUUACUCUUGAUUAAAAAAAUAAGUGAACUGCGUAUACAGUUUACUAGUUUGGGGUUUUUCGUAUGCCAGCUUAAUUAGAAAAUUACACAUCAGCAUCUCAAAAGGAUUUCCAGAAUAACCAAAGUAACCUGAGAGGGGAUUUCUGGCGUCCGACCAGUACGUCAGCUUUUACAGUACUUUAACGUAAAAGAAAUCUAGCUACUUUAUGUAUAAGACAUAGACUCCUAACUGAACUGUUCUGCAAGAUGCACCUUAAAUAACCUUGAUAAAAGUUCGAUACCAUGAUUACCUAAAAUGAUUCCUUCAUUAUUUGCUAACUAAUUAAUAUGUACAUUUUUGUAAGACGAAUGUAACGGACUAGAACCUUAGGUUAUUAUAAUAAUAAAAUUGUAAUCUACACGAAAAAAA